AUGGUCAGGGAGAGAGAUUCUGACAUAGAGGAGGGAGCGGUGGCGUCUGGGGGAACCCACCUGGGAGGUCAGAACAUGGUGAAGGAGGAAGAGGUAUACGCACGUGGUGGUUCAACCGACGAGGGGGUGGGCGAGACGGCGAAGGCUCUUGUGAGCCCCAGGCACGUUUACGGCCUUCCUUCUCCCCAGGGCAACAUCCGCUUGGUGGCAACCUUGCGACUUCCUCAGUCGGCAUCAUCGCAAGCAGAGAGGGGGGAAGGUGGGGAAUGGGACGACGAGAGCAAGGAGCGGGUGGGGAAGGGAAGCGAUCGGGAGUACCGGCACCUCACCUGCGUGGACUGGAAGCCCUCGUCCUUCAAUGAUCUUCUCACCACCGCCAAGGUCAUCGAGGACUUCCAGGGGUUCUCCCCCAAGUUCGUCGAGCUGGACCGGGACACUGAUCUCAACGUCCCUCCUGGCUGGCUGGUGGACCCGUCCGCUUCCUUCCAGAGCCUCUCCGGCUGCGACUCGGCGCUGGUGUCCAGAGCUCUGGCUGACCUGCGCAUCUCGGCAGAGUUGGCGGGAGUGAACUCAGACGACGCUGACUUCAUCGCCUCGGACGCCACUAUGAAGGCUAUCUUUGCCCUUCCCUUCUCAGAGGCCAGCGUCAGCGUCACGGUCCACCGGGUCGACCAGUCGCUGAUCUUCAGUGGGAUCAUAGGAGGGGAUGUGAGGUCGAUGAAGAAGAACGAGAGCUCGACGCUCUUUGAGGAGCAGGAGGAGGAGUGCGACCAAGGGCUGGGCAGCGGGAGAGGAGAGCCUGUGGACGAAGGCGACGAGGCCGAAGGCAGGAGGAGGCAGCGGGCUAGCGAGGACAGCUACCUGUUCUCAAACUUGAUGUCCUACUCCAUCUCCAGCAAUAGCACAGACGAGGCGUCGACAGCAGUCGGGGAAGAGCUGGAGGAAGGGACCGUGGUCCCAUCGCGGGAGGCCCAGGGCAGGCAGCGGCCUCAGCAGCAUCUCGAUUUGCCCAUCUUCCAGGAGCACGAGGGCAGCAGCAGCAGCAGCGGCAGCAGAGAUAGGAGGGUGCAGGACUUGCAAGGAGGACGCGCGAAUUUCUUCCGCCGGGCCGUGCACUUCCAGUUCAACCAGCUGAACCUGCUGCUGGGCAGUGACACAGUCAUCUUCAACAGGGGCCCCCGGAGGUCGAAGCUGAGCCUGAGGCUGGAGGACGCGGACGCGCAGGUGAAUCAGCAGACGUGCUUGGACUACUGGCUGGACAACAUCUUCAACAACCUGUCGGAGACGGCCGUGUGCUACCACAAGGAGGGGAGGGUGCACGGGUACCAGCUCGUGAGGACCGAGGAGAUUCCAAAGUGGAGUGGUUUCUCCUUCGAGCCCAAGGCCGUGAUGGAGAGCGCGUCUUCCAUCCUCCAGUUCCUGCAGCAGAACUGCACCAAGGAAGCAGGGACGUACUGGCUAUGCCGAGCCGAGGGAAGCGACGAGCUGCAGCUCUUCUGCCUCGACGACGCGGACAACAAGCACCGCAACGCUCUCUCCCAGCCCGUCGGCCUACUCUGCUUCCGCAUCGCGCGCAAGCUGCAGCAGCGUGACCGGGAGGCGAUCGAGGAAGGAGGAGCGUCAAAGCACAGGCAGAGGACGGCAAGGCUCUUCCUCAACGCCCUAACUGUCCUGGACGAGACUCUGCACGCGGCGACCGUCUGCCUGUGCCACGAGGGGCUGGCAGACGCCAUGGUCGGGGCCGAGUGGCUGCCGGAGAGCGAGGGGAUGGUGCCGAGCGAGGGAGAGUUCUACGUGGACGAGAACGGAGACCUGCAAGAGUCGUACCGUCGUCCCCGCAGGGAGGACGAGGGCAACUUUCGACCCAACGUGGGGGACACGGCGGAGUGGGGGGCAGGAUAUUCCCUGCCAGACCUGGAGAACGCGGAGGCGCACUACAGUGAGGCGCUGAAGAUGAUGGAUGGACGCCACGGGGGGAGGGAGGAGGAGGAGGGGGGGGAGGAGGAGGCCAGGAGACUGAGGACGCUGCGGCGUCUGAGGUGCAAGGCAUCCAAGUGCGGCAUCGCCAUCGGGCUGCGACUGCUGAAGAGAGGGGACCUCCCCAACGCGCUCAUGCGCUCCGUGAGCGCGUACAAGAGGUGCGUCAGGGGGCAGAGCAGGGAGGAGGAGGAGAUUGUGAGCGAGGCGAUGGAGCUCUGGGCGGACAUCCACGAGGCUCUUUGCGGGCUGUCGGUGGAGAGGGUGAAGAGGCUGAGGGGUCAGCUGGUAGAGGUGCAGGAGGAGGAGCGGGUGCUUCACUUUGGGGACUUCGAAACCCUGGGCUGCUGGAAAGGGAGCAAGGGGGAGGAGGACGAGCAAGGGACGGACCUGACACCGCUGUCGCAUCCCCUCAGCUCGGACCUGGAGGACAACUGCAACCACGCGAUCCGCUACCUCAUCCGUGCCAUCCAGCACUGCCACACCCACAGCAGGAGGAGUGACCUGAUGGUGAAGCUCGGUAGCGUCUACGAGAAGCUCGGGGAGCACUACACGGGCACCGGGCGGUUCACCCGAGCUCACCAGCACUACCGGCAGGGGAUGCAGCUGUUCCAGUCCAUCGGAGACAGCCACUCCUCCUCCGCCCUCGCCUUCAAGCUCGGCAAGCUCUUCUCUGCUCGCUCGCACUCGUCGCCUCCUCUCCCGGGCCUGUCGCCCGAGCAGCUCAACGACCUCUGCCGCGCGCGGGGCCUCGUGCAGGCAGCACGGGAUGAGAUCGAGAAGCUGGCGAGCUCUCCUUCGGCCCUCUCAAACAAGCGGAUGAAGUCACUGAGGGAACUUCUUUUGAGCGUCAAGGAAGAGCUUGCAGACAUAGACAUGGCGCUAGGGGUUGGCAAACUUCAUGCUCCUCAGAGUCCUAAGAUCGGGUUUCCCUUCGCAGCCCUCACUCCUAAGAAUGAGGACCCGACCGACGAGGAGGCGAUUCGCUCUGAUCGCGCAGACGUCUGCUUGCUGCGAGCUCUGGCUGUCUACGAGAGCCUCUCCCAUCCCCAAGCCUUCGCUGCCCACAUCUACUUGUCCUCCUUCAUGCUCAAGGUGGAGAUGGAAGUGUCCGAGGCCAUCAAGUCUUGUGGAGCAGGGGAGGAGAAGUCGCUCCUACGCACCCGCAAGACUUGGAGGCAGAGGGCAGCUCGCCACAUGCUGCAAGCAAGGGCGUUGGCGCCCAGCAUGGCUGAGCAGAUCUUCAAUUGCGACGACGCGGAGACUGUCGGGGAGGACGAGAUGCUGCUGCGAGCUGCUGCCAAGCAUGCUACCUUUCUGCUGAUGGAGCUGAUCCGCGACCAACUCGCCCACCGCAACCUCCAGCUCGUCGAGCGCUACAAGUCGCUCUUCCGCAGCGCCCUGACCCUCUCCCAGGCAUCGGGCAGGCAGUUCCUCAGGGACCUCGCGACCCUCCACUCUCAGCUUUCGUCGUCGUCGGGCAGCUGCGCGACUUGA